UCACUUUGACAAGGUUAGACGUUUAAUCUGUUCCUUGCCCUGUUCUCGUACCUUCUACGCUGGAAUUUGAUGUUGAGAAAAAUUCUUUACACAGAUUUGCAUAAAAAUGGUCGUGGAUUUACAUUUGAUUAAUACUGAUAAGCACUGAUUAGUUCAAUGUUGUUUUUUUAAGGUUUCGAGAAAUUAUAAGCAUAAAGAAUAAGUGCAGAAUAUUCUGGAAAUAAAAUGUCACAUCAUUUCAUUUCAUUUAAGCGAUUUCGUCAAGAUCUUAUCUUUAAACAAGAACCAGUUGGUGCGGUGAGAAAAACAGAAAGUUCACAAAACUCAACGAUAUGCUAAUAAUUUCUACUAAAUUGAAAUGCAUUGAACCCUUAAUCAAUUAGUUCUUAGAACACAGAAAGGACUUGAACAUUUUCUUUGACAAUUUAUAACUACUGGAAAGUCCAACCCGUAACGUUUCUCUCGUCUUCCAUUUUUUCACUAACAGACAGCAAAAUCGUUAACGCUUCACUAGGAAAGGCAUACUACUCGCUCAACUGACACUACCUCAAGCAAGGCUACCUUCUGAUUAAUUUCUGGUGCAGGGUGCAGAUAGAAAGAAGCGUGACAACUGAACCCUUCAGUUAAAAAACCAAACAGCUUUCUCAGUUACACCUGGAAGAAUGGCAACCCGGUUCGUUCACUAUCUCAUAUUCUACGCGUUUUGUCAGAUUGCCACGGGAUUCAUAUGGAAGGAGCAGAAAGGACAACUCAGACAUCAAGACCGAAUACAGAUGGUGCCAAAAGAACGAGUCACCGCCAGGAAAAUUGAACAGUUUUUCAUCCAAAACAAGAGACGCCACCGAAGAGAUAUCGAUCAAACUGAGUACGAAGUCGUUCUCGUGGUCGACGCCUCCAAUUCCAUUCGAAAACGGGAUUUUCAUCGAGGCAUCAAAGCUCUGCAGACUCUGAUCGACAAAGCAGACCCGAACACGCAUUAUGCAGGUAUCGUGUACUCUGACAAAGCAACCGUCGCCUUUGACUUCACCGAUCAAAGAACUGCUAAGCAUUAUCUGCGCACUAGAGUGCGUUUCGUCGGCGAAAAGACAAACACACAAGACGCACUCCUCAAUUGCCGGACAAAGCUCUUUCAGAACAAAAAAUCGAAUUUACGUCCACGAGCCAAAAAACGCGUUCUUCUUCUCACUGAUGGGAGUUCCAACAUGCACAUCCACCUCACUCUGUACCGGGCCUUUCAACUGAAAAUCCUUGGAGUGGAAAUCUUUGCUAUUGGUGUUGGGAAUUACAUGCCUGGUAUACAAGAGUUGGUUGGUAUUGCUAGCAGCACAGACAAACAUCUGUAUCGCGUGAGGAACGCCUUGUCAUUACUGGACAUUGCACGGCUCAUUCCACCGUGGAGAUACAUGCACCAACACCAGCUACCUUGGCGUACGAAUAGGUACAACCAAGAGUAUGAUGACAUUAAUACCUAGAACAUCAUCAAUACCGUAAAUCCUCGAAUAACACGUUCUCUUACACUAAUACCUUUCACAGUCUGUAAGAAUUGAGGAAAGAAUUAAGAAUAACUACUGGCCCGUUAUGGGAAGUUUAGGAUCAGCUUUGUACAUGUAUACACAGUUUAAGUAGUUGUCCACGCUUAGACCUAAUAACUCAAAAAACGAUAUGUUUGUCCGCGAUUCUGGACCUAGGGAGCAAAUUAGAGCAUUACGGUGUAGACAAACGCAGACUUCGUGCACAUAUGGAUCUGAGCUUACUUUACAAAAACUCGAAUGAUUUAUGUAAGACUUCAAAGUUCACAUUCCUUAUUCCUCAGCUUUGUAUUUAAUUAAAUGAUGUUAAGCGUAGACUCGUAAGUCACAUCUGGUUUUCUAGUUGAAGAUAACAGUAACCUUUGGUAAAACGAUAAGAAUUGAGUAUCCAUACAAGAGUAAUAUUCGUAGAGUAGUGUGAUUCGCUGUUGAGCAGCAGCAGUGUUUUUGUAAAAAAAUAUGUGAUUUGAGAGAAAAAACUGUUAGCUUAUGGGUAUCGCAAUAAAGCCUACUAGGAUUGGUCGUAGACAAUAACUGCUAGAGACACAAUCGCUAGAGGUUAUUUCUUUGACACAGCUCGUUUCAAUCAAAAAACAUCUUGACAGUGUUUCACUGGAUUAUCAACUUUCUAUUCACUUUGUAUCAUGCUGAGAUAGUGAUAAGCCCUCCUUAAAAGUCAGUUAAGUAAUCGAAGUAAAUAAUUCAACUAUUCUUGGAUAUGCUCCUCCUUCGAGGAGCACAUUGAAGAUCGUUUACCAAAACUGAAAAGAUGUCAAGAUGUAAUACCUUGAAGCUUGUUACACUCUACCUGAUAAACACUCUGUAACAUUGUAAAAAAAAGUACCCAAACGUGUGUAAUCUCGAACUGUCAUUUUCUUCUUUUUUAACACAGUUCGUUUCAAUCAAUAAACAUCUGU